GGCUGUUCAACCGCGACGGCAACUGUGCUCUACCAGGCAUCGCAGCCCUGGUUCUGUUUUGCCUCUUGUCUGUUAGGGCCGCGCCGGUAUACUAUUCACAAUCAUGGCGCCAGAAGCGACUUCAGCGGCUCCUAGCCAGGCAGACAAGCCGGUCGCUGUGGUAUGCGUUGGCAUGGCCGGAUCCGGAAAGACCACCUUCAUGCAGCGCAUAAACGCGCACCUCCACGGAAAGAAGGACCCCCCCUACGUCAUCAACCUCGACCCGGCUGUGCUCAACGUGCCGUUCGACAGCAACAUCGACAUCCGCGACUCGGUCAACUACAAGGAGGUCAUGAGGCAGUACAAUCUCGGCCCCAACGGCGGCAUCCUCACAGCGCUCAACCUCUUCGCCACCAAGGUCGACCAGGUCAUCGACCUGCUCGAGAAGCGCACGGCGAGGAACGAGGAAAACGCCGAUCGCAAGCCUAUCAACCACAUCCUGGUCGACACUCCCGGCCAGAUCGAGGCCUUUGUCUGGUCCGCCAGUGGCACCAUCCUCCUCGAGUCGCUCGCCUCGUCCUUCCCCACCGUCAUCGCCUACAUCGUCGACACCCCGCGUACCCGUUCGACGAGCACCUUUAUGAGCAACAUGCUCUACGCCUGCAGUAUCCUGUACAAGACCAAGCUUCCCAUGAUCCUCGUUUUCAACAAGACCGACGUUGCCGAUGCCUCCUUCGCCCAGGAGUGGAUGACCGAUUUCGAGGCCUUCCAGGCCGCUCUGCGCAAGGAUGAGGAGAGUAACGCUUUUGGCUCCGCAGAGGGCGAGACUGGAGCCGGCGGCAGCGGGUACAUGAGCAGCCUUCUCAACAGCAUGAGCAUGAUGCUUGAGGAAUUCUACGCACAUCUCAGCGUCGUCGGUGUCAGCUCCAUGACAGGCGCUGGAACCGACGAUUUCUUCGCCGCCGUCGCCACCAAAGCCGAAGAGUUCCGCCGCGACUACCAGCCUGAGCUGGAGCGACGUCGCGAGGAGCGCGAGGAAGCCAAGAAGCUUAUUCGCGAGCAGGAGCUUGAGAAGAUGAUGAAGGGCAUGUCCUUUGCUGGAGACAGGAAGGCGGCCGCUGCCGCCAAGGGCAAAGAGCGGGAGGAGGAGCCGGAAGAUCCGGCCAUCGCGGAGCUGGGCAAGAGGGUCGACGCCAUCGACUCGGACGACUCGGCCGAGGAUGAUGAGAUGGAUAACGACGGCCUCCAGGCACGCUACGACGCUGCCGUGAACGAUGCCUUGGCGGCAAAGAACCAGGACAUCAGCUUUGCGAACUACCUGCGGCACCAGUGAUAAGAACAAGGGAUUUCAAGAUUUCAGCGCGUAUUGAUCCUAGCGGUACGGAUCUUGAUGGUUUUGACGGCGUGUCUGGCAGGGGAAAAUGGCAUCUUGUGAAGAUGGUGGCAUACAGCGGCGUUUGUCUGGGGCUUUUUUUCAUAGUCGUAUUCCCAUGUGAUACCAAAAUCGGAUAAUUAGAGAAUGGAUAUGAAUUUUCACUGACGUAACCAGAAAUCUCUUUCAUCCUUCCCCG